AGUUGGAAGACAAAAUUAUCCCCAACGAAAAAUUUCGAAUCGUGGUGUUGCCCAUAAACCCGUAGGGUGUGACACUGUAGCUGUAGAACCAGAGUCCCGGCGCAUAUCUUCGCGUGCCCUACUGCCUGCCGCCGCGUCUCGCCCACCUUCGUCGUUUUUCUCUCACGUUUCCUCCUUCAAGAAAAGGGAGGGUAACCCCCACAUCCACUGGUCUCUGCUUUGCUGAAGUUAAGCCUUUCUCAUCCUUCCUCGCCCGCCAUGAAGCUCGUCAGGUUUUUAAUGAAGUUAAACAAUGAAACUGUAUCUAUCGAGCUGAAGAAUGGUACUGUUGUUCAUGGCACCAUUACAGGUGUAGACAUCAGCAUGAAUACGCAUUUGAAAACGGUUAAGCUUACACUGAAAGGGAAAAAUCCAGUGACUUUGGAUCAUCUAAGUGUGAGGGGUAACAACAUCCGUUAUUAUAUCCUUCCUGACAGCUUAAAUCUUGAGACUUUACUGGUUGAAGAAACACCCAGGGUGAAGCCCAAGAAGCCUACUGCAGGAAAGCCAUUGGGUCGGGGUCGGGGCAGGGGACGGGGACGUGGACGAGGUCGUGGCCGUUAAAUUUGAACGUUUCACAGUUUUUGUGGCAUGUAGUUGUUAGCAAAUGUUGUAGGAAGAAAUUAUGGGCGGUUAAGGAACACUAGAAGAGCAUUACCGUUAAGGCGUUAACUUCUCAUGAUUAGUGUCCUGCUAUUUGGUUGUAAGUGCUACUGCAUAUUAGUGUAAGAUCACCUUCAAGCUGAUGCGACCUGCAUUAUCUACUGGCUUAUGCUUAAUGGGUAAAUUGUGGGAUCUAUUUUAAUUAGUAUUGACAGAUCGCCCACACUAUAUUGAUCACGCUGAAUUUUGAGCUUCUCUGUAGGAUGCGUAAUUAGUCUUAUGUGAAUGACGGAGUGCCUAUUGACAUCAAUUUAUCUCUGCUCUAUAUAUGAUUGACAUUUCAUGCAA